AUAAAAAAAUGAAACAAUGCCACCUGCUGGAGAAGACAGAUUUUUUGGCAGAGUUGGGCCUUUCUCCUCAUCUGUUUCCUUUAACCCCUGACCUUUAACCCCUAUAGGUGAGGAGGUGAAGAACCCUCAGAGAGCCAUCCCCAUAGGCAUCGUAGCCUCUCUCCUCAUCUGUUUCGUGGCCUACUUCGGAGUGUCUGGUGCCCUCACCAUGAUGAUGCCUUACUACCUGUUGGACAAGAACAGUCCUCUGCCUGUAGCGUUUAAAUACGUGGGCUGGGAGGGGGCCACCUACGCUGUGGCUGUAGGGUCUCUGUGUGCUCUGUCCACCAGGUAAGCUGACCCUACACUACUUCCCUGACAGGGUGAAUGUGUUGGCGCUUCACCCAACUCUUCCAUUAUGUUCCUGGUCUUUAAGAGGAGUUGAAUGAAACACCAACACAUUUUGCAACAAGGUUACAUUUUUAAGGCGAGAUUAAUGGGGCUAUACCUUAGAUUAUUUGAUUCUGAUUGUUUUUACUGUUCCAGAUGAUAAUGAUGAUUAAAUAAUACUUUGUGUGAAUAAUACAUUAAGUACACAAAGGAAAGCGUAAUCUUGUGUUGCGUUCACCCUUGGCCAGCAGCUUUCCUCUGUGUGUGUUUAACGGUGUGAAUCUCCCUGUGUGGCACGGCACGGCUCUCCUCUCUCCCUGCUAGCCUGCUAGGCUCCAUGUUCCCCAUGCCUCGCGUUAUCUGGGCCAUGGCUCAGGACGGCCUCCUCUUCAAGAGUCUGGCCCAGAUCAGCGACCGAACCAAAACCCCUCUAAUCGCUACAGUAACCUCUGGAAUGGUGGCAGGUGAGCCUAGAACCCUUUCUAACCAGUUAAACUACUAACAGGGCUGCUAACCUCUCCCCCCCCUCCCCCCCUCCCCCCCUCCCUUCCUACAGGAACCAACCAAUGCCAGCGCUGUUUCCCUGGUUACCUCGACAUGCUACUGUUCACAGUGCACCUGCUUAGAAGGCCUGACCAAACCUAGAUAACCCGUGGAUAGACCAGGGGUAUUCAAAUCCUACCCUGGUUGGGUACGGAGUACUACUGAUUUCCUUUUAUACCUGAUCAUUAAUUGCACCCAUCUGGUGUCCCACGUCUAAACGAGUCCCUAAUUAAAGGGGAAGAAUGAAAAGCCGCAGUGGACCUGGCUUGGAGGUUCAGAUCUAUAGGAUAGACACUCUCACCUUGUCUGUUCUACAUGUUUAAUACCAGCAGACAGAUGCUAAGGUUCUACGUGCCUGGAAGGUGUACUGGGAACUGCAGCAGUUGAAACCAUGUGUCUGGACUUCAUGGAGAGACUUGGGAGUAUUUUUGGGUUAUAAAUCUUUGCCCCCUUCCUUCUCCUCCACCUCUCUCCACUCCCGGCCUCUCCUCCUCUCCCCUUCUCCCUCUCCUCCACCCCUGGCCUCUCCUCCUCUCCCCUCCUCCCUCUCCUCCACCCCUGACCUCUCCCCCUCUCCUCCACCCCUGGCCUCUCCUCCUCUCCUCCACCCCUGGCCUCUCCUCCUCUCCUCCACCCCUGACCUCUCCUCCUCUCCCCCCUCCUCCCUCUCCUCCUCCCCCCUCCUCCCUCUCCUCCACCCCUGACCUCUCCUCCUCUCCUCCUCUUCCCCUCCCCUCCUAUAGCCUUCUAGGCUCCAUGUUUCCUCUACCUCGUAUAAUCUUUGCCAUGGCCCGCGAUGGUCUCCUCUUCUCCUUUCUGGCGAAGGUCAGUGAGAGGAAGUCGCCCAUCAACUCCACCAUUGCAUCAGGUUUCAUGUCCGGUAAGACUGUGUUAGAGGUCAGGGGUUAUAGGUCAGGGGUUAAGCUCAGAGCUGAUCUGUAGCUGGCGGUAACAAGCCUAUGUCCACCUGAGGAGGAGAGAGGGGUGAGGCAGACAGAGGCUUUAGGUUAAAGGAACCUGAGGAGGAGAGAGGGGUGAGGCAGACAGAGGCUUCAGGUUGAGGCCACCUGAGGAGGAGAGAGGGGUGUGGCAGACAGAGGCUUCAGGUUAAAGGAACCUGAGGAGGAGAGAGGGGUGUGGCAGACAGAGGCUUUAGGUUAAAGGAACCUGAGGAGGAGAGAGGGGUGUGGCAGACAGAGGCUUUAGGUUAAAGGAACCUGAGGAGGAGAGAGGGGUGAGGCAGACAGAGGCUUCAGGUUAAAGGAACCUGAGGAGGAGAGAGGGGUGAGGCAGACAGAGGCUUCAGGUUAAAGGAACCUGAGGAGGAGAGAGGGGUGUGGGCAGACAGAGGCUUAGGUUAAAGGAACCUGAGGAGGAGAGAGGGGUGUGGCAGACAGAGGCUUUAGGUUAAAGGAACCUGAGGAGAGAGGGGUGUGGCAGACAGAGGCUUCAGGUUAAAGGAACCUGAGGAGGAGAGAGGGGUGAGGCAGACAGAGGCUUCAGGUUAAAGGAACCUGAGGAGGAGAGAGGGGUGUGGCAGACAGAGGCUUUAGGUUAAAGGAACCUGAGGAGGAGAGAGGGGUGAGGCAGACAGAGGCUUUAGGUUAAAGGAACCUGAGGAGGAGAGAGGGGUGAGGCAGACAGAGGCUUUAGGUUGAGGCCACCUGAGGAGGAGAGAGGGGUGAGGCAGACAGGGGCUUUAGGUUGAGGCCACCUGAGGAGGAGAGAGGGGUGAGGCAGACAGAGGCUUUAGGUUAAAGGAACCUGAGGAGGAGAGAGGGGUGAGGCAGACAGAGGCUUUAGGUUAAAGGAACCUGAGGAGGAGAGAGGGGUGAGGCAGACAGAGGCUUCAGGUUGAGGCCACCUGAGGAGGAGAGAGGGGUGUGGCAGACAGAGGCUUUAGGUUAAAGGAACCUGAGGAGGAGAGAGGGGUGUGGCAGACAGAGGCUUUAGGUUAAAGGAACCUGAGGAGGAGAGAGGGGUGUGGCAGACAGAGGCUUCAGGUUGAGGCCACCUGAGGAGGAGAGAGGGGUGAGGCAGACAGAGACUUCAGGUUGAAGCCACCUGAGGAGAGAGGGGUGUGGCAGACAGAGGACUUCAGGUUGAAGCCACCUGAGGAGAGAGGGGUGUGGCAGACAGAGGCUUCAGGUUGAAGCCACCUGAGGAGAGAGGGGUGUGGCAGACAGAGACUUCAGGUUGAAGCCACCUGAGGAGAGAGGGGUGUGGCAGACAGAGGACUUCAGGUUGAGGCCACCUGAGGAGAGAGGGGGUGUGGCAGACAGAGACUUCAGGGUUGAAGCCACCUGAGGAGAGAGGGGUGUGGCGACAGGGCUUCAGUUGAGGCCACCUGAGGAGAGAGGGGGUGGGGCAGACAGAGACUUCAGGUUGAGGCCACCUGAGGAGGAGAGAGGGGUGUGGCAGACAGAGACUUCAGGUUGAGCCACCUGAGGAGGAGAGGGGUGUGGCAGACAGGCUUCAGGUUGAAGCCUUGAGAGAGAGAGGGUGUGAGACAGAGGCUUCAGGUUUGAAGCCACCUGAGGAGAAAGUCUGUGGCAGACAAGACUAGUUGAGCCACAUGAGAGAGAGGGGUGUGGCGACGAGCUUCAGGUUGGGCCACCUGAGAGUGAAGAUGGUGUGUCAGACAGAGACUUCAGUGAGGCCACCUGAGGACGGAGGGGUUGUGGCCUACAAACUCAGGUUAGGCCACUGAAGGAUGGAUUUGGGGUGAGUCAGCGAGGUUUAUAAACGGAACCUUGAGGAGAGAAGGGGUUUUGCUGACAACAACUCAGAAUUAGGGACACUGAGGAGGAGAGGGUGGGCAGAAAGACUUGAGCGUUGCUAGAACUAUGACAGAACUGCAGUGUUAAAAAUGAAAAGUAAAAUGAAAUGAUGAUUCAUUAUUGUCUGUAUGUGAAUUGAAGUGGCUUGUGAAAGUAUUCACCCCCCUUGGCAUUUUUCCUAUUUUGUUGCCUUACAACCUGGAAUGAAAAUGGAUUUUUUGUGGGGUUUGUAUCAUUUGAUUUACACAACAUGCCUACCACUUUGACGAUGCAAAAUAUGUUUUAUUGUGAAACAAACAAGAAAUAAGACAAAAAAAACAGAAAACUUGAGCGUGCAUAACUAUUCUGACCAGUCCCUGCCGAUGAAAAACAUCCCCACAGCAUGAUGCUGCCACCACCAUGCUUCACUGUGGGGAUGGUGUUCUCGGGGUGAUGAGAGGUGUUGGGUUUGCGCCAGACAUAGCCUUUUCCUUGAUGGCCAAAAAGCUCAAUUUUAGUCUCAUCUGACCAGAGUACCUUCUUUCAUAUGUUUGGGGAGUCUCCCACAUGCCUUUUGGCAAACACCAAACGUGUUUGCUUAUUUCUUUCUUUAAGCAAUGGCUUUUUUUCUGGCCACUCUUCCGUAAAGCCCAGCUCUGUGGAGUGUACGGCUUAAAGUGGUCCUAUGGACAGAUGCUCCUGUCACGAUCGUUGAAAGGAGUGGACCAAUGAGCAGCGUGGAAUGCGAACAUCUUUUAUUAUUUAAUUCACCACACGAACAAAACAACAAAACGAAACGUGAAGUCCUCGGUUACAAACACAAACCUACACGGAACAAGAUCCCACGAAUGGUCCUCUGUAGCUCAGCUGGUAGAGCACGGCGCUUGUAACGCCAAGGUAGUGGGUUCGAUCCCCGGGACCACCCAUACACAAAAAUGUAUGCACGCAUGACUGUAAGUCGCUUUGGAUAAAAGCGUCUGCUAAAUGGCAUAUUAUUAUUAUUAUUAUUAAUAACAAGUGAACACAAGGCUGCCAAAUAUGGUUCCCAAUCAGAGACAACAAGCAACAGCUGAUUCUCGUUGCCUCUGAUUGAGAACCACCCCGGCCAACACAGAAACACAUGAACUAGAUACUGAAACAAUCAACACAAAACAUAGACUCUACACACCCUGGCUCAACAUAAAAGAGUCCCUAGAGCCAGGGCGUGACAACUCCAAUCUCCGCUGUGGAGCUUUGCAGCUCCUUCAGGGUUAUCUUUUGUCUCUUUGUUGCCUCUCUGAUUAAUGCCCUCCUUGCCUGGUCCGUGAGUUUUGGUGGGCGGUCAUCUCUUGGCAGGUUUGUUGUGGUGCCAUAUUCUUUCCAUUUUUUUUAUAAUGGAUUUAAUGGUGCUCCGUGGGAUGUUCAAAGUUUCAGAUAUUUUUUUAUAACCCAACCCUGAUCUGUACUUCUCCACAACUUUGUCCCUGACCUGUUUGGAGAGCUCCUUGGUCUUCAUGGUGCCGCUUGCUUGGUGGUGCCCCUUGCUUAGUGGUGUUGCAGACUCUGGGGCCUUUCAGAACAGGUGUAUAUAUACUGAGAUCAUGUGACAGAUCAUGUGACACUUAGAUUGCACACAGGUGGACUUUAUUUAACUAACUAUGUGACUUCUGAAGUUAAUUGGUUGCACCAGAUCUUAUUUAGGGGCUUCAUAACAAAGGGGGUGAAUACAUAUGCACACACCACUUUUCAGUUAUUAAUUCUUUCAAAUGUUUUUGUUAUUUUUUUUUCACUUCACCAAUUUGGACUAUUUUGUGUACAUCCAUUACAUGAAAUCCAAAUAAAAAUCUAUUUUAAAUACAGGUUGUAAUGCAACAAAAUAGGAAAAACGCCAAGGGGGAUGAAUACUUUUGCAAGACACUGUAUGUCUAAUGGUUGCUGUGAUACUGUACUGUGAUGUGAAUAUGUUGUGUGUAACAUGUUUAAAAGGAAAUCAGUUAUUUGAUCUUGGUCAGAAAAGGCAGUUGUAUGAUCUUGGUCAGAAAAGGCAGUUGUAGAGUCAUCAUAUUGUUAAUUCUUACUGUAUAGGUGCAGACGUCUAAUGCCACAAUCAAAUCAAAUUGUGUAAUUUCAGGGUGGUUUCUGGGACACAGAUUAGUCCUGAACCAAAACCAUUGAGCUUAUUUAUUAGUCCAGGAAUAUCUGUGUCCGGGAACACCGCACCUUAAUGUGUGCAUUGGCUUGUAUUUUAAACUGGGUUAAACUGGGUUAGAUCCUUAAUGUGUGCAUUGGCUUGUAUUUUAAACUGGGUUAAGCCUAGUCCUGUCAUAUGUCUUGUUUGUUAAUGGUCUCUGGCCUCUUCCUACAGCGGUGAUGGCCUUCCUGUUUGACCUGAAGGACCUGGUUGAUCUGAUGUCUAUCGGUACCCUGCUAGCCUACACCUUGGUGGCAGCCUGUGUUCUAGUGCUGAGGUUAGUGCCCUACACACUACACCCUACACCUUGGUGGCAGCCUGUGUUUUAGUACUCAGGUUAGUGCCCUACACCCUAAACCCUACACCUUGGUGGCAGCCUGUGUUUUAGUACUCAGGUUAGUGCCCUACACACUACACCCUACACCUUGGUGGCAGCCUGUGUUCUACUACUCAGGUUAGUGCCCUACACACUACCACCCCCUAACCCCCUACACCUUGGUGGCAGCCUGUGUUUUAGUACUCAGGUUAGUGCCCUACACACUACACCCUACACCUUGGUGGCAGCCUGUGUUUUAGUACUCAGGUUAGUGCCCUACACACUACACCCUACACCUUGGUGGCAGCCUGUGUUUUAGUACUCAGGUUAGUGCCCUACACACUACACCCUACACCUUGGUGGCAGCCUGUGUUCUAGUACUCAGGUUAGUGCCCUACACACUACACCCUACACCUUGGUGUCAGCCUGUGUUCUAGUACUCAGGUUAGUGCCCUACACACUACACCCUACACCUUGGUGUCAGCCUGUGUUCUAGUACUCAGGUUAGUGCCCUACACACUACCCCCUACACCUUGGUGUCAGCCUGUGUUCUAGUACUCAGGUUAGUAUCUUCUCAUGGAUGAUCAGUUCUUGGAUCCACAGCUCUGUCUAUGAAUUUCAGAGUGGUUACAUUUCUUCAUCAAGUGGUUGGGGUACUGUUUCUUUUCCCCCUUUAACUGGUGGCUAUUCCUUCUGUCCUGUAGGUACCAGCCGGAGCAGUCCAGUAUGGCCUAUCGGAUGGCUUCUACGCUGGACGAGCCAGACACCUUAGAGUCCAUUAACGAGGGCAGUGUGGGGAUCCUGCCAGGAGCAGAGGAGGUGUUCUGUGCCAAAAACCUGUUGUUCCCUCACAACACAGAACCCAACAACCUGUCUGGUUUCGUAGUCAACAUCUGUACCAGCACAUUAGGUAAGUCACGCACACACACACACACACACACACACACACACACACACACACACACACACACACACACACACACACACACACACAGGCAGGCACAGGUACGAACACACACACACACACACACACACACACACACUGACACACACACACACACACACACACACACACACACACACACACACGCACAUAUUCAGAGUUCUCCAUGGUGGAGUGUUAGCUCUGGUCACCUCUGUCUCUACCUUACUGUCUCUGUGUCUGUCUCUCUCCCUGCACCUCUGUCUCUACCUUACUGUCUCUGUGUCUGUCUCUCUCCCUGCACCUCUGUCUCUACCUUACUGUCUCUGUGUCUGUCUCUCUCCCUGCACCUCUGUCUCUUCCUUACUGUCUCUGUGUCUGUCUCUCUCCCUGCACCUCUGUCUCUUCCUUACUGUCUCUGUGUCUGUCUCUCUCCCGCCCUCUGUUCUACUACUGUCUCUGUGUGUCGUUCUCUCCCUGCCCUCUGUCUUCCUUACUGUCUCUGUGUCUGUCUCUCUCCCUGCAGGAGUGCUGGUGUGUAUCUUCUGUGUUGUAGCGGUACAGGGAGGCUUUGCCCCUGGUCUGUCUCUCUACUGAGCUUCAUAUUUAUGGUCUGUCUGGGAGUCACCCUACUGGUCUGGAGACAGCCAAGAAGCAAGACAAGCUCCCA